AUGUACAAUCCAUCUAUAACUUCACAUUUAACGUGUCGGGUAUGCGGUGAAUCCGCUCGUGGAAAGCAUUUCGGAGCAGUUGUCUGUCGAGCGUGUGCUGCUUUUUUCAGACGAUCUGUCAGUUCUCCACUGGCAAAAUCAUGUAAAAAUGAAUACCGAUGUAAUUCUUUCAAAAAGGGAUAUUUUACAUGUAAAUACUGUCGACUUCAAAAAUGUUUCCGGGUCGGGAUGAGUUCAGAGAAUUUCCAAUUCGAUAGAGAUUUGUAUUUUAGUCAUCAAAAAGCUGAUCUUCUGAAGGGAAAGGUUCCGCAGUCAAUGGACGUAUUCUGCGGGAAGUCUAAUCUUAUCAUUUUCUGUGCUCCUGGCUCUUCAUCCUCUCCUGAUCCUACUAGAAAUUUCAUUGAUUUGCAGUUCUUACUGGAUAGUGCUCUGAAAAUAUUCCAAAAAGGACCUGCUUCGCCAGUACAUUCCAAAAAUCAGUUGUCAAAAUUAUCCGUCAGCCUACCUUUUGUUCGAGAAUCCCAACUCCCUUAUCAAUCGGAAAACAUGACAUAUGGACAAAAGGAAGCGUUAGAUCUUCUUCAAUUCAACAUCUUGAAACUUACAAAAUGGUUGACCUACUUCGAUGAAUUUCAGAAGUUAUCAGAUACCUUGAAACUAAAAAUGCUGCAAGGAACAUGGUCCAUCUGGACAAGACUGGAAGGAUUAGCUAACACUGCUACCAGUAUCAAAAGAAAACUUCACGAGGAGACAAUAAAACAAAUGAAAAACGACACGUUGAUAUUCAAAUCGGAUUCGAUGAAACUUGAUAUGUCAUGGUGCUCGAAGUAUGCUUUGGAGGAACUGAAGUUCUUUCUCCCGAUUCCAACCGAAACUCGUCUGGAUGAAUUGACUCGAGCAAUGAUAGAACUUGAACCAACAGAUGUGGAGCUGUCUUUCAUGUUUGGGCAACUAUGUUUUCAUUACGUUGGGAAGAAAUUUCAAGGAGAGAUUCUACAAGUCUCUGAACGAUUUCAGGAGAUGUUAGCUAAUGAUCUGCAUGAUUAUUAUGUGAAUGACCAGAAGAAACCUCAUUAUGUCAGUAGGCUGGCUAGUAUGAUGAAGAUAAAUAAUCAGAUUCAGAAAGAAAUGUACAAGCACCGUGAACGGGUGGACGUGGCAAUGGUAUUCGAUGUUUUCUGUGUUGAUGUUUCUCAUCCCGACAUGUUUCUAGUCUAA